AUGGGCGCCAGGCGCAAGUACGACUCGAUCGGUGACUUCGACGACUCCGUCCCAUCUGGCUUGAGAGACGGCCAGGACUUCUUCGAGGUCUUCGGCCCGGUGUUCAAGAGGAACGCCAGGUGGAGCGAGCACAAGCCGGUGCCGGACCUCGGGGGCCCGGAGACGCCGCACACCGAGGUGGUCGCGUUCUACGACUGGUGGCGGGAGUUCGAGUCUUUCCAGACCUCUCUUGCGCAGCCUUAUCCUGCAGAGUGGCGACUCCGGGCGGCGGCCAACGCAGACCACCUGAAGACGGGGGAUUGGCCUGUAGCCAGGCAAGGCCGAGAGAGGCGGAUAGGGGGGUGCACCGGCGCCACGGCCAACGAGGCCCCAAAGCAGGCGAAGACGGCGGAGGGCCGCAGAGGGCGCCGCGAGGCCGAGGACGUGACGCAGGGGCGGGCCAAGCAGGGCGGACAAGCAGCGGCCAGGCGCGAGCAGGGCCGCGGCGUGGUGGACCUCUCGGCGCCGGCCUGUGUCGGGCGCGGCGGUCGGACGGGGGGGGCCCUCGGGCGGGGCGACGGGUCGGGCGCCUCGAACUGGUGCACUCUGAAGUGCGGACGGUGGCGCGGGCCCACGGCGGUCGAGGCGGCCAGGAACGUGGCCAUCGUUGGCGACGACCUCUCGGGCCUGGCGGGCCCCGACGCUGGCGCGGGCGCCUCGCAGCUGGUGCAGCAGGCCGCGAUGCUGGUCCUCGGUGAGCUGCUGUGGAGGCGGAGGAGGCGCUCGAGCGGCCAGUCGGCGCUGGACGACGUGCUGGCGGAGAGGAGGGGCGAGGGCGACAUGAUGGCCCUUGUGGUGGAGGACGACGCCGCGGUGGAGACGCUGGGCAUCGUCGGUCCCUUGGACGCGGCGGCGGACAGGGCGCCCGCUGCCCAGCUCCACGCCUCGCUCGCCGCGUUGGCCAUCGACGGUUUCGUGGCCGUCCUUGGAGGUGCGGCGGGGGAGGAGUGCCAUGACGCGGAGGCCGGUGUGGCGGACCGUGCGCCGAGCGCUCUGACCGACGCCCAGCCCGACGGCCAGCUUCCCUUCGACGCCGAGGAGGUCCAGCAGUGCGGAGACUGCACGCUCAUGGGGGCAGUGCUGGGCACUGAGGUCGGGGGGUGCGGCUGCGGCGCGCCCAAGGCUCUGGCCAAAGGCGACCGUGCCAAGGUCGUCACCAGGGUCGUGCCGUUCGGCUUCGCGUGGCGCGAGGCCGUCGGACGUCGUUGA